UGUGGGCCAGUGCACUCGCUGAUGGUGCACAGUCAGUCACAAGGACCGGGAAGAUGGGCUAUUUGUAGGUGAACCUCUCCUCGCAUCAUCAUUGUCAUCACCCCGUGGAUCUACGUCCGUCGCAAUUUGCCUGUGACUGCUCUGUCGCGGCAAUUAGCCAGACUUGGGUCGGGUGGAACAAAGAGAUAAUAGAGAGGAGGAGAGCGAGAGAGCGUGUGUGUGUGUGUCGAGUGCUUUGGAGGAGGGGGGGAGUAGGUGGGGGGAGUUGAAGAUAAAAGUGGAGCCAGUGUUUACAUGGGUUUCUUGCUGGGGACGGCGGCGUCGCUCCGGCAGGACACAAGUGCGGUGAGCUGGGAGGACAGUGCCAAACUUUGCCAAUGGAUCGACAUCCAACGCCGAUGGCUGUGUGGCUGCAGUUAGAGUUGUGUGUCUUCACCAUCCUGUUUACCAAAGGUGAAAUCAGAUGUUACUGUGAUGGGCCACAGUGUGUAGCGACGGGCUACAUGUGUAAGUCGCAGCUCUCUGCCUGCUUCACCAGGCUACUGGAUCCUCACGAUGCUGAUUCUCCCUUACUACAUGGCUGCACAGACACUUUCUCAAACACAACAGAGAUUUGCCAGGCACAAAACCCCUACCACCACAAAGGACACUGGUCACUCUUGGAAUGUUGCUGGGAAGAUAUGUGCAAUUAUAAAGGGUUACAGGAUGUUUUGCUGCAUUCUGGAAGUAGCAUAUCAGACCGUGGAGCCAAGAGGCUGCUGAAGUCGGGCGGCAGGAAGGUGGCGGAGCAGCAGAAAGGCAACGGGAAGGAGAUGUGGCUGCGGGCGGCGGUGAUCGCGGUGUGCAUCGCGGGGGCCUUCAUCCUGGUGCUGCUGGUGAUGCUGGCUCUCCGCAUGCUGCGCAGCGAGAACCAGCGGCUGCAGCGGCAGCACCAGCAGAUGAUAUCCCGGCUGCACUACACCUUCCAGGAGCCUCCCGCAGACAAGGUCCUGGUGGGAAACCUGGACUUCGAGGCCACGGCCGCCAUUGCCAGGGACCACGAAACCUGCUGCACACUGCACAGCCAGUCCCACCACCUCCAUCCCUACGCCGAAACAUUUGGCUCGUUUUUCCCUUGGGACUUAUACAGUGGGUACAAGAAGCCAACCCUGGUGUGAUUAUGGGCAGCACUGCUGAACCAUUAACCUCCCUGGUGAAUCCCAGCUAACCAUGAACAUUGGCCUCUUACUUCAAUUAAAACGCAGUCACGAUUGAUUAAGAAAUAUUUGGCACCACUGUUUUAGCUUACGUCUUGCUCUGGUGCCAAUCUCUGUUGCUUUUGGUAGCUGGCAUGGUGAUACCUGGCAGUGUGCAGUUUGUAUAAGCCCUUGGUCGGGCAUGGUGUGCGACGAUUCUCAUGAUUAACCAUCAAGACUGUGAGCUCCAUUGGGACCCUACUGAACAAGUGAACUAUACCAGUGGAUGAUGUAUGUCGGACUUCCAUACAGAUACACACAUUCUGAGUGUAUUGUAUUGUAGUGUACAACCUAAUUACAACUUUGACAACA